CAACUGGGCGAUGCACCUCCAGGAAAACCUCCGCCUUAUUGUCUGAGGACGACUUCAAACUUACAUCACUCAACCCUGAGUGACAGUUUGCUUUCCUUUGAGUCGUUUUUCUUCUUCUUCUUCUUCCUCCACUUUGUGACAGUGUAAUUUUGACAGAAACUAUUUCUUUGACAAGGUUUUUGGUUACCUACCUGAAAACUGACCACUUCAUUCACUGCAGACAUUAAUUCUAAAUUUUUUUUAUUUGAUUUUAUUUUUUCCAUAUCUUUAAAGAGAACCGGUUUGCAACUGGUUGCUCGCUGGGAAAUGUUACAAGGAGAGCCACACAAACUGGCUUGAUUUAAAUUUUUCAUUUUAAAUUUUUGUUCUCGAAGACAAGACGUCGACGGCGUCUCCUGACAAACUACAGAGGCAACAGAGGCGCUCCUGAAAGGGAACCAGACUUCAGCAGCCAUGCUUUCCCUGGACGAGCCGCUGGACCUGAAGCUUCACUCUGGACGGCCGGGCGGUCCUGUGAAGUUUGGGAAGAGGUCCUGCCCCUCAUCGAUGUGCGCUCCCAUCCACGCCUCGCGGCCACGCCUGCAGUGCACCACCUUCCCGUCGCCCCCUUCCUCACCAGAUUCCCAGUCUUGUCAGGAGCGACCCGGCUGCUGCUUCACCCCUCCAGCCAUGGACCUCAGCAUGUCCCCGUCUUCUCAGCGGGCCCUCUCCCUGUCUCCGUCUCCGUCGUCCCCCUCGUCCCCAUGCCCUCCCUCGCCCCUGGAGUCCCCUCGCAGCAGCAGCAGCAGCAGCAGUCCGCAGCCUCACCUCUUCUCUCGGGAAGCGUCUUGGCAUCACGGUGUUGAAGGCGGAGCCUCCCAGCCCGGAUUUCCAUUCUAUUUCCCCAUGAGGAGCCUGCAGAGGGGCUACAGCUUCUCCUCCUCUGUGUUUGUCGGCCAGCACAGAGAGAAAGCCGUUUCCCCCGAGCCCUCACAGGAUGGUCAGCUGGCCUGUCGGUGGAAGAAGUGUCACCUGCUUUUCGACUCACUCCAGGAGCUGGUAGAUCACAUUAACGACUUCCACGUCAAGCCUGAGAAAGACUCUGGGUACUGCUGCCAGUGGGAAGGCUGCGCUCGCAACGGGAGAGGCUUCAACGCCAGGUACAAAAUGCUGAUUCACAUCCGCACCCACACCAACGAGAAGCCGCACCACUGUCCCACCUGCAACAAGAGCUUCUCACGUCUGGAGAACCUGAAGAUUCAUACCCGCUCCCACACAGGCGAGAAGCCCUACAUUUGUCCAUACGAAGGCUGCAACAAACGCUACUCCAACUCGAGCGACCGCUUCAAGCACACACGCACCCAUUACGUGGACAAGCCUUACUGCUGCAAGAUGGCGGGCUGUUUGAAACGCUACACGGAUCCCAGCUCACUGCGGAAGCACAUCAAGGCUCACGGCCACUUUGUCGCCCAGGAGUCGGGUCCUGCUCCCAGGCUGCGGACUGGAAUGGGGCUGGGGUUCUCUGGGCACCAAAACUCCGCCGAGCUGUCCUCUGCAGGCGGGCGCCACGUCAUCCUUCCAGGAGCGGCAGCGGCUCUUCUCGGCGGCCUUGGGACGUCCUUACCCCUCUCUGCUCUCUGCCACACCAGGGGCUUGGAUCACCACGGAGCACCCAUCUUCUCCAUGAGUGGAGGCGGCCGCUGUGGGAUCAGUCCACUCGGCCUUUCCGAUUCUGCGCUGUUGCACCUCCGGCUCUCUGCCGCGUCUAUGCUGGGGCUGGGAGCUCUGGGAGGUCUGGGUCAGAUGACAGGAAAGAAGUUAGAGGGAGACAAUGAAAACGAGGGGAAAAAGGAGGGCGAGGCUCUUAACCUGUCUGUCGGAGUGGGACCCAGACCAGGGGAUUCUUUGUCUUGGGUGAUUGUUCCCUCAAACACGUUUUUUCUAAAGCCCACAGCUGUUAGUUAAGCUGUGAGAGCCACCAUGAACACUGCAGCUUUGGAGGAGCAUUGUGGAGAAUUUCAUCAGAUUUUAAAGGAACCAAACGACAUGUGGCAUGGCUUGAUUGCACCGUUAGAUCAUCUGUUUGUUUUGGUUGAACUUACUCAUAGGCGGUACAGUGCAAACAUUUCAGACAUGUCUGGACAAGAAUGUUUUCAAAAAUAAAAGCGGGAGUUGUCUUUGAGUUUCAAAGCAGCAUCAAUUCCCAAAAGUACACUUGCACAUGGCUUUUAAAGGGGCAGUAUUAUAUGUUUUUCAUGCAAAUAAUGCCAUUUUAUAACACAAUCAAGUAACUGUAUAAACUUCAGUUAUUACAAAUAUCAAUUAUGACUUGAAAGAAAUUGGACUUUGUAAUUUCUCACCUUGAAAUUGGAUCUCUGCUUAUAAAAAAACAAUUCUGUAUAUAUCUUGAAAACAUUCUAAUUAGAUUUUUUUUCUGAACCUGUCUAUAAUAUUUGCACAGAACCGCUUAUCCCUUCCCUUUACUUGAUUUUCUUAUGAUUUACAGUCUUUCCAGUUGACUUUUGCCUGACAAAUCGUCUGCGUCUUUGCACUUACGAAACUGUGGCAUAACACUUGCAAUAUGGUUACAGUACGAAAUUUAUCUAUCUGGGAGUAAAAUCAAAAACACACUGCGUGAUGAAAAUGUACUUUUGCAGCAUCGGUUACUUCAGUUAAUUGAUUAUUUUGUCGUUGGAAUUGAGCGGAUUUGAAUUGCAGUAACAUGCAGACCACUCAGAGCAUCUGAACAAAAGACACGCCCACUUUUGUUUUGUUGAAAACCAGUGCAGUGACACCUUUACAACUUUUGUAAAUCGAAAUUUUCCAUGUGCUACAGAACACCUGUACCGUGAUAACAAGGUGUCUUUGGUUUCUGUGUCGAACAAAAGCAGCUGUGUGUGAAAAGCUCACCUCAGGAGCUAAUCUGGGAACUAAUUAGCCCUCUGGACGAGUCCCGACGGGUCUAAUUAAAUAUAUAACUUAUAUAUAACUAGAUGCUCGACCGACCUAUCAGUACUCCUACUGUGGAUCUCACCUGCAUCGUCGCUUAGUUUCUCUUACAGCUCUGAAUCGAAUUGGCACAUUUUCAUGACGACAGUGCAUGAUGGCGAGUCAGAAACGCAUCAUCAUACAGACGACAUUGUGAUGUUUUUUUUCCUUUUCUUUUCUUUUUCAGAUCACAAUAGGAAAAAUAAAAUAAUUUGACGCAACUGAAUGUAGGGUUACGGUUAACUCCUGUAUUUGGGGAUAGCUUUUUGUUUGUUUGUUUGUUUGUUUGUUUUUAACGGUAGCUUAUUUGUCGCUGCAUUCAAAGACAACGAUCUUGGCAGGAUCAGCCCAGCAUCUUUUCAACGACAGACUGAUCAUCGAGAAAGACAAAGGUGUGUGUGAGCGAAUGCACAUCUGCUUCAAGUGACUGUUAACAUGAAGAACAGCAGAUUCUGAGAUACUGAACGACAUCUUGAAUAUUCUCAGAGUGUAACAAAAAAAAAAAGAAGAAGAAAACAUCCACAACCACAUUAAAACCCAUCUGCAUGUUAGGAAUUUUGAUGUUUUUCUUAAACCAGCACACACUGCCAGUGUGCCCAAUGUUGUACUGCUAAUAUUAUCGCAAUUAUUUACUUGUCUGUUGCUGUGUGAAAUAGGUACAUUUUAUUAUUGUUUUCCUUUUUUGUUGUUGUUGUUCAAAUGUAGGGAAUAAUUUGAGGCACCAGUUACGAUUUAUGCAUUGCCAAAGAUGCUAAAAGGAUGAAAGAAACGUUUCUUUUUCUUAAAAAGCAUUAAAAUAAUAGAACAGUUCGACAAUGGCCACGGGCGGCCAGUACCUGCGCUCAUUUAUCCUGUUUGCACAUGAUUUUACGGUAAUCAGUAUAUCAAACGUUUUCCAAGUGCCUUGUGUUCCAUCUGAAUUAUAUAAACCUUUUUUUUUUUUAAUCUGACAGCAGAUGUUAUCAAGACAUCAGGGCCCUUUGCAACACUUUUCAUCGACAACAAAUGUUUUGAUGAUCUGUCAAUAAAAAGAUGGAAAGAAAA